AUGAAGGCUGCCGUAGCUGUGAAUGCGAGCAAGAUAGGGGAGUUGUUAGCGGCUUUGCUAACGGAGAAGCUGAUCCAGCCGGACCUUGAUGAAAACACACGUGCGCGAUUUGUGAUGAUUGGUGUAGAAGGAGAAGAUUACACUCUGGCUCUUGUAUUAGCUCCUGAGGCCGACAUUGAGAGGUUGGAUGCUCAGGUAUGGGAUGGUGAUCCGUCUGACGAUGUGAGCUUGGUGAAUGACGGGUCGGGAAGGUUCGACUUUUGCAAAGAUUCAAUGAGACUUCGAGUGUUCAAAAACCCCGUUGCGCCUGCUCCUUACACCCAUUCUGUGGUAUGCAAUCAGCUCAAGGAUUUCUUGAAGACCAUGGAGCCGACAGCGGACCAGGAGCAGACUGCGGAGCAGACUGUGGAUGAUGGGGAGUCCUGCAGGGUUCUGAUGCAGCCGACACUUCAACACGUGUUUAGUCAGCAGACGACCCACAUUUGGCUCGAUGUGUUCGGUAGAACAGAAGGCGAAUUGGUUCCCCAGGAUACGGGUGACGAUAAGUUAUAUAUAAUCGCGUCUAUAAAGCCGGCAUUGGGCUGGCUCUUCUCGUUGCUGCGGGACCUGCCGAUUGACUGGAUGGGUGCAGUGCAUAGGUCGUCUAUCGACUACGAUCCGCUAAGCAUCGAAAACCCGCCCGACUGGUUGGUUGCGAUGCAAAGGUCGGUAGUCGAUAUCGACCAACUAAGCACCCAAGACGGCUGCGUGCCUUGGAUCACCGAUAGCGACAGUGACUCCCAAUACACGGUCUGGCGGCACCCAGCGGCCGGUACACGUACCUUUUGGACGACGGUGAUAGUUUCGCUCGGCGUCGUCGUACUAUGGGUUCCGCUGUAUCACUACGGAAUAGACUCCACUUUCGCCUCACUCCGCAGGCUGACCGGACAGCCAUCAUCAUCAUCAUCAUCAUCAUCAUCAUCAUGA